UCCUUUUUCUUAAAAUUAGUAACCUGAAAACUUGGUAGACGAAUCAACAACCGUACGAUCAAGAAGUUCAAUUAUCAUAUAUAUAUGUUUAUUCAAGUACGUAGUAUAGUAGCCAUAGUAGAAUUGUAACUAAAGAGAGCUAGUCAAAACGGUGAGACCAAAUCCACCUCCAAACUCAACGACCCCAAAAACGAGACACAUGAAAAUUAGUUAAACUCACCAAAGAUGGAGCGGUUUAACAAAUCCUACUUCUGCCUGUUUAAUCAUAUUUUUCACUACUAACAUAUAUAUAUAGGUAUAUAUAUAUAUACACAUACGGUCUUAUAAGAUUUUCUUCUUCUUAUAUUAUAUAGGUUUUGUUAAGAAAAAUUUGAUGGGAAAUUCUAUGUCACAAAAGCCACCAUGUCAUGGGAAAGUUAUUCUAUGGGAUGGUUCGGUUCACGACUUCGAAAAACCCAUCACGGCGGCGGAGCUCAUGUUGGAACACCCUCAACAUGCGGUGGUCGAGUUCCAAUCCGCCGUCACUGGAAAACGUCCGGCGGCGUUACCGGCGGACAAGAAGCUCGAGACCAAGAAAAUAUACAUGAUGGUUCCGAUCAAGCGAGGGAAGACGGCGGCUCUUUCUUCCGACGAAAUCCACCGAGUUCUUCUCGUUGCCAACUCGGUUCUGAGAACUCGUUAUUCGGUGAAGUUUUUGCCUCUGUUUGCGAGGAGUUGCCCGGUGGAUUAUGGCGCAUCGCUUGGGGUUUUGGUGCCGAAGAAGGAGAAGAAGAUCGAAAUCGGUGAAGAGAAGACGAAGUAUGUUCCGUUGGAAAGUUUUGUUCUGCCGGAGAGUUCGGAGGAGACGCCGGAAUAUUUGAGCAGGCAGUUCUCCGGCAGGGGUUGGAAACCUAGUUUGGACACCAUUGUGGAAAAGGUAACGGUCGAAAAGAAGAUGAAUCAUUGGUUGUUUUAGAUUUUAUGUAUUCAUAAUAAUAUAAUUUGAAUUACUAAGAAUGUAAAAUACAAAUAUAGAGUAAUUGGUGAAAUUAGAACUUUUUAAUGCUAGUUUGCAAAGUUAUAUUCUUUUGAAAUAA